AUGGGUGGCAUUACGUUCCCCAAGAUUUACAAUACCUACUUUGUAGCGUUCGUCGCUACAGUAGGUGGAAUGUUGUUCGGUUUUGAUAUUUCGAGCAUGUCGGCUAUCAUUGGUACCGAACAGUACAACAACUUCUUCAACAAGCCCGCUGGAGUCACGCAGGGCGCUUGCAGCGGGAUCGGUCGUAGGAUCGAUUAUGGCUGGACCCAUCAGCGACAAAAUUGGUCGUCGGGACUCAAUCUUCUUUGCUUGCUUAUGGUGAGCCAUCUCUUGCCUUCCGCUACCUGCGAGCAUAUCGGUGGCGCUUGGUGGCUUGUGGGAACUGCGGUCCAGACGAGCACCUCUGGAAUCGGCUCUCUUAUUGCGGGACGGGUUCUCAACGGUGUCUGUGUCGGCAUUACCAGCUCUCAAGUCCCCGUGUACCUGGCCGAAAUCUCUCGCAAGGAGAAAAGGGGUGCUAUCAUCAUCAUUCAACAACUUGCUAUUGAAUGGGGUAUUCUCAUCAUGUACUUCAUUGGAUAUGGUUGCAGCUUCAUCGAUGGCCCGGCGUCCUUCCGCACCGCCUGGGGCAUACAGUUUGUCCCUUGUGUCUUCCUCAUGAUCGGGCUGCCCUUCCUCCCCCGAUCCCCUCGCUGGCUGGCAAAAGUGGACCGCACCGAUGAAGCCAUUAUGGUGCUCGCCAAGAUCCAAGCUGGCGGUAAGAUCAAUGACCCUCUUGUCGUCGCCGAAUGGGAGGAUAUUACGCAGACCCUGGCCGCCGAGAGAACAGCUGCGCCGGGAUGGCGAAAGUUUGUCAUUAACGGCAUGUGGAAGCGUACUCUGGCCGGCUUCACUGUUCAAAUGUGGCAGCAAAAUUCCGGCGCCAAUGUGAUGACUUACUACGUGGUGUACAUCUUCAUGAUGGCGGGCUUGACGGGCAACAUCAACCUGAUUGCCUCAGGGGUUCAGUACGCUCUCUUCAUCGUGUUCACCACCAUCAUGUUCUUCUGCAUCGACAGGAUUGGCCGAAGGCAGCUAUUGAUCUACGGAGCCUUGGCCAUGGGUGCAUGCCAUUUCGUUGUCGGAGGCAUUCUUUCUGCGGGCGUGAAUGUGCCUGGAGGUGUUGGAGGAAACCCGAAUGUCGUCAUCAAAGUCUCAGGGGCAAAGGCCAACACCGUCAUUGCUUUCUCGUAUUUGCUGAUUAUCGUCUACGCACUGACUCUUGCUCCUGUCGCCUGGGUUUACGCUGCCGAAGUCUGGAGCUUGGAGACCCGCGCCACUGGUAUGGGUAUAUCUGCCCUCGGCAACUGGCUUUUCAAUUUCGCUCUCGGACUCUAUAUUCCCCCGGGCUUCCAGAAUAUCAAAUGGGGCAUGUUCAUCGUCUUCGGCUGCAUGUGUGUUCUUGGUGCAAUCCAAUUCUUUUUCACAUAUCCUGAGACUUGCAACAAAACCCUCGAAGAAAUUGAGGAGAUGUUCGCCGACUGGUCCAAGAUUCCUCCCUGGAAGACGAAGAUGGGGGACUCGCGACUGGACAGACUCGUCGACGAAGCUCGCGAGAAACGCUACAGUGUCGAGGAUGUUCAGAAGAGGACUGGUUCAGUUGGCCAUGAUGUUCAUGUUGAGUCAGCGAGUCAUGACGAAGAGAAGGCCGCUAUUGAACAGGUCAAGGCACAAGCGACCAACCCUGGCCAGCAGGAGCACUUAAAAGCCUAA